AUCACCAAGCCCACUUUAAGAAUGAAGAAAUACUUGACUUAAUCCUUGUAUGUGACUCUGCAAACAAGUUCCAUAUGAAGAGAAAGAUUUGGACUAUUUGUGUCCUUCUUUGUCUAUUCUUGAGUCUAGAGUGUUGCUCUGGAGUUUCUGGGAACCCAAUAACAAAUGAUGUGAGCAGACUGUUGUUACUGAAACAGAAUAUUCCAAAGAAUUAUGAGAUUCCUAUACAUUAUAUUCCCAAAGAAUUGUGUGGUAUGUGCUGGGUUAUAUUAAAUAGCUAUCCUUUGGAGCAAAGCCUUAAGGAUCUGGCCCAGAUGUUUGGUGCUAUCUCUUCCAACAAAGACGAGAUAAUCAUCUUCAUUACAAUGCUACAGAGUCUACGCUUGCAGCUUGACCAUGAGGAGUUGGAGGCAACAAUGCAAGUCUUCCAGUGCCACUACAGGGAGGAGGAAUGGCUAUCCGGACAAUAUUUUGACUACGUCAGAGAGCUUUUAGAUUCUGCCGCUCACAUGGCAAGAGAAUUUCGCUGUAAGCCUCCUCCAUGUCCAGCCUCAUACAUUCACUUACCAGGGCGUGAAGCACAGGACCAUGGACUCACUCGCUCAAGGAAUAGUCUUUUGUCCCUGCUUCUUCUCCCAGCCACAGCCAGUGUGUUCCUCUUGGUGUGUGUGGUCAAGUUAAGAAGAGGCCAACAGAGGAACAUUGGGAAUAGAACACUCUCCUCUGAAGUGGAGGGGAGUCAGCAGACUAUACAUUUCUCUAUUCUACCUCAGCCUUUCUCCACCAACCCAUCCCUCCAUCCCUUUACAUCCCCCACACAACCACUGGGGAGAGUUUAAACAUCUAGAAAAGAGCAGAUCUCUGAGAACAGCAGAGGACCAAGAGUGAGACAUCUGUUUUGGGAAUUUAAAGUGCCAGUGAAGUCACACUUAAUUAUUGUCUACAUUGACAACUAGUAAAAAAAAAAAAGCAGGUAACAUAACUUUUUACCUAAACUGGUAUCAGGCUUAAAUUAAUCAUUGUGAAGUGGAAUAGCAUAACCAAAUCACAGGAUGAAUUCCACUGUACUUAAAGUUAAGACCAACUCUGGUAUUUCCACCAGGAACUGUGAUAAUGGUACCAUUUGAACUGGUAUAUUUUAAAUGGAGUCUCACAAAUAGCAUUUCAUCUACUGUACUAUACCCCAUAAUCGUUCUAAACUUUUUUUUUUUAUUGGACCAAAACAGGCUUACAAAAUGAGGCUACUUCUGACUUCUGUGUAAAUCUGCUGUCUAGAUGAUCUCAGAAAAGGGUAUAAGAGGGCUUUGUUCUCACCACAAAAGAAAAGAGCCGUUGGCUGAAGGAGAUGGCAAUUGCAAGCAACACAUCUCAUAGAAUCACCAACCGCAUAAACCUCACUCUAGAAAGCAGGAUAUCAUGCUUCUCUGUAGGAAUCUCAACUUUAUCCCAAACACUCAUUCCUUUCUGUAAGGUGAAUAUUACCAUUUCCUAAGCAAGACUGAGUCUUGUGUUUGUCUUUUACAUUUCAGUAAAUUAAAUACUUUGUCACCAACAACAUACUUUGGAAACAUCAAUUUAGUUUGUAUUAUAUGGAGUUAUAUUUUGUGUUGGUGUUAUAUUUUGUAUUAAUUAAAUGUUACUUACAAAAUGAACUGCAACAAUCCAAAGAAAGAUGGUGAUAGCGUUCUUUGUUGGUCUCUGAAGAAUAGGUCCUUUCUGUUGAAGCGCAACGGAGUAUGAAAGUAGUUUGUGGUUGUUUUCAACUGGGUGAAAAUAUGGCCUAUGAAGAUCACAGAUUACUAUCUGAUUUGAGAACAUUUGGUUUUGCCAGAACAAGCUCUUUAUAAAUAUUUUACUGAAUUCACAUUUCCAAUAUGUAAGAGAUAAUGCCUCACGAGGUGUCCAAUAUCCUACAAUAAUGGAUGAUGCGUAGGCGUGAACUGUCUGACGUGCCACAGAGUCCAUUAUUGUAUGAUUCUGGUCACCUCGAAGGGUAUUAUGCCGCUUAUACCAUGGUCAAAUUUUUUUAAUUGCGUGUUAAACGUAAAAAUUGAUAGCCAAACAACUAUCCUAGUCAACAUAACUCUGUCAUUAUCAUGAAAUUGAUAGUUUGGGUUGGAAGAAAGUAAGUAAAUGUUGUGUUAACAAUUCAGAGUCAUGUAAUUGCACCAAUUACUCUUUAUUUUAAUAAUAAUACAUUUUAUUUAUAUAGCGCUUUUCAAGGUACUCUAAGUCAAUGUACAUGGUUAAAAUAAACAUAAAACAGGUACAUCAUAUAAAAUCACAGCAUUAAUUACACAUUAAAAGCAGAUCUAAAAAUGUGCGUUUUGACUAGUGAUUUAAAAGUUGACAGGCUGGUGCAGUCUCUGAUGGGUUUGGGGAGUGGAUUCCAAAGGGAGGGAGCGGCGAUGGAAAAAGCUCUGUCACUCCAGGUUCGGUGCUUGGUCCUGAGUGGGGUGGACAGGAGGUUGGCAUCAGAGGAACGGAGGGAGCGGGAGGGAGUGUGGUGGUGAAGCAGGUCGGUGAGGUAGCUGGGGGCCUAGUUGUGAAGGGCUUUGUGAGUGAAAAGGACUUUAAAGUGAAUGCGUUGUGGGACGGGGAGCCAGUGGAGGUUCUGGAGGACGGGGGUGAUGUGGUCACGGGAGCGGGUCUGAGUGAGCAGACGUGUGGCGGAAUUCUGGAUGUACUGGAGUUUAUUGAAGAUUUUGGAUGGUGAGCCGUUAAGGAUGCUAUUGCAGUAAUCGAGUCUGGAAGUGAUGAACGAGUGGAUCAGAAUCUCGGCAGUGGAGGAGGAGAGUGAUGGACGGAGGCGUGCAAUGUUUUUGAGAUGGAAGAAUGCAGUCCUGGUGAUGUUAUUGACAUGACGUUCGAAGGUGAUCAUCAAAAAUGAUGCCAAGGUUAAGGAUGUGAGGGGAGGGGGACAGAGUGGAGUUGUCAAUGUUGAUGGUGAGGUUGUGGGUAGUUUUGGUGAGGGAUUUCGGACCGAUGAUGAUGAAGUCUGUUUUGUCACAGUUGAGUUUGAGAAAGUUAAUUUGCAUCCAAGAUUUAAUUUCACUGAGACAGUUGGUGAGGGUGGAGAUUGUUGCAGGGGUGAUGGAGGCAGUGGAAAUGUAAAGUUGGAUGUCAUCGGCGUAGCAAUGAAAGCGGAGUCCAUGACGGCGUAUGAUGUUACCAAGGGAAAGCAGGCAAAGGAUGAAUAGGAGGGGACCAAGCACCGAACCCUGGGGGACGCCUUGGGACAAAGGGGCAGGGGAGGAGGUGCAGUUGUUGAUGUGGAUGAACUGUUGUCGGUCAGUGAGGUACGAUCUGAGCCAGGAAAGGGGAGUGCCGGUGAUAUUAAUGGUGGAUUGAAGGCGGGAGAGGAUAGAGUGGUUAACAGUGUCAAAGGCUGCAGUGAAGUCGAGAAGGAUGAGGAUGUUUAGGUGGCUGGAGUCUGAAGAGAGGAGGAGAUCGUUGGUGACCUUCAGAAGGGCUCAUUCAGUGCUGUGUUGUGGUCAGGGACAUUCCUAUGAAAUAAUCUUAGAUUAUUGUUAACGUUUCACAACAUUAGAAUAAGUAUGUGCACGCUAAAAACGCAGUUGAAAGAAGCAGGACUUUUCAGAAGAAAAAACUACUUUAUGUAACAAAAACAUAACUACAAGAAUAGUUGCAUUGUUAUGCCAAACAACAUAAACUUUAAAGGUUGAGAAGAACUUCCAUUUCUUUGUUUGUGUAACUUAAAAUAUUUGAGUAGAAACAACAUUUCUGUAUUUUUUCUAUUAAACACUGCAGCGUUUAUUACACAAUGAUCAUUUUUGGUGCAGCGUUUAUUCAAGGGCGGAGUUUAAUAAAUAAGAAAGAUUUAGUGAAUUGUAGCUGCAGUGCGGCCAUAGACAAACCAAAAAUAGACAAGGAGGUCAAACACAAAGCCUAGUGUAAAAUUUAAGCCAUGCGUGUGUCUGCAGUGUAGACAUCUGAAGCAGCAUGCCAAAACGUUCUUACACUUUGGGCCCUAUUUUAACGAUCUGAAACGCAAGUAUCAAACGCGAAACGAAAGUAACUUUGUGGGCGGGACUACGGCGCUGUUGCUCAUCAGUGCGUCAUCUCACAUUCCCUUUAAGAGCAGGCACGCUUGUUCCAUGGAGGUUGCUAUUAUAAUAGCGGAUUUGCCAGGGGCACGCCAGGAGCGGUUCACAGCCGAGGAAACCAACGUUCUUGUCAGGGACGUAAAAGAUGGAUAAGUGACAUUGUAUGGGGAUAGGAGAAGAAACCCACCCAAAUUAGAUUCGGUUAAACAGGCGUGG